AUGUCUGAGUCUUCUCCUGGUACUAGUAGUAUCGGUUGUAAGAUUAUCGCGGCAUUUGUUUCACUCUCAUCGCAUCUGGUAAUGCACCAAAUCGACGUCACGUCGGCUCACUUCUCGGUCGCAUUCAACAUACCACUCAACAACAUCAGCAUAUACUUCAGCAAGCUCUUCAGCUUCAGGUGCCUGUUGAUCGCACUAGGAACCCUGGCUGAAUUCUUGAUAUCGCAAAUAUUCCAGCACGUUCCAGACCCCGGAGGCGGUGAAAGUGACAAGGCCGGAAACGAUAGUCCCAACCGAAAAUAUAUUAGUAUGGUCUGCUUUGCCGUAGUUUUAAUCAUUAGAGUCGUCCUUCUGUUUACGCUGUACUUCUCGUCGAAGCUAGGCUACCAUGUAUAUGUAAUUCUAAGUGUAGAGUCGUUCUUCUUCGGCUACUUCCACGCGUCAGUGCUGGCGCUCGUCCCUGAGCACUCGCUGGCGGUGGCGCUGGCCGCGAACGUAUCUCGUUUCUUUAUUCUUUUUGUACAGUUCAUUCUAGACGUAGUUUUCUUCUCAAGGCCCCUGUUGAUGAUUAAACUGCAAAACUGGGUUGGUGUUCUGGUGACUCUGGCAGCAUUGAUUUCAUGGAUAUGUUACCACGAGACGUCAACUUGCGCCGAUAAAGACUCGGAGACUCUAAGACUCGGAAAUGGCACUACAACGGAAGGAUCUAGCACCGCAGCCAGUGGAUCUGGCGCUGCGGCUAUAUCCAACGGUGACAAUCAGACGAAGGACUUUACAGAGACGUUCCUAGAUGCAUUCUCGCCCUUCUUCAUGUUCUUCGCCGGUUCCAUGUUUAAGGACUUCUUAUACCCGGGAGUGCUGCCGUACGCGCUGCUCCACAGGGAUAAGUGCCACAUGAUUAACAUGUUCGUGCCAGUGGCGAACAUGAUUGGGCCGGUCACGCUCUUCAUCCUGGAAUCGAUAGGACAGUUCAAGAAAUGGGUGGACUGCUACAACGUCUUCUGGAUGCUCGCAAUACCAAUGGGAGGCAUUUUCAUAUUCUCAAUGCUGGCAAUACACACGCGAAUCCCAUCGGCACGAAGAAUUGCGAACUCGAAAGUCAGAGUAAUGUUGAUCACACUAGGUGUAGUGUUCGGCAACGGGUUUUUGGAUCCACUGAGCUUUGGAGGCGUGGCGAAGGUCGUAAGCCCCGAUAAGACUCCUCGUAUCGCAAACGGACAGCAAGGAAAUUCCGGAUCAUCGGUGUCAAAUACUUCUUCGCAUACAGACAAGUAUGACAGAAAGGGGAACAACCGGGUAAUCACGUUCCAUGCGUUCUUCUCGCUGUUUAUGCGUUUCGUCUUCUCGAAGCUGUCGGUGGGAUAUAACGACACCAGGGUCCGCCUGGGCUACUUCAUCCCCAAGUUCAGACCCAACCACAGGAUGUCUAAGACGAAUCUUGCUUGGUACGUCAUUAGACAGACGUUUAAGAUGGCCUGGAGAGAUACAGGUAGUGAUUUCAAAAUGAAUAUAGAAAGGUACCUAUAA